CUGAUGCUCUAUCCUCUGCGCGCUGUCUCUAUGCUCCCCCGCGUCUAGUCUAUUUAUUGUCGCGGGGAAGCAGCAGUUGCCUGUACCCGGAACAACAAAGCGCGAAAGACGGAGCCCGUGCCUCGGGGGCUCCUAGCAACGGGCCGGGGCGGGAGUUCCAUGGAGACUGGGGAGCGCGCCCGCCUCAUCAUCAUCCUUGUCCUCCAGCUUCUCUUUCGCGUCCGACACAACCGGCAUCAACGCUACAGCCGUGUCCUCUGCCGCCGCCCCCUCUUCCCACGGAUGUGAUCUUCGUGGUGGGAAGCUAAGUUUUUAAACUACCCCAAUGGAUGCAGACAGUGAUGUUGCAUUGGACAUUCUAAUUACAAAUGUAGUCUGUGUUUUUAGAACAAGAUGCCAUUUGAACUUAAGGAAGAUUGCUUUGGAGGGAGCAAAUGUAAUUUAUAAGCGUGAUGUUGGAAAAGUAUUAAUGAAACUUAGAAAACCUAGAAUAACAGCUACAAUUUGGUCCUCAGGAAAAAUUAUUUGCACUGGAGCAACAAGUGAAGAAGAAGCUAAAUUUGGUGCCAGACGUUUAGCCCGCUGUCUGCAGAAACUAGGUUUUCAGGUAAUAUUUACAGAUUUUAAGGUUGUUAACGUUUUAGCAGUAUGUAAUAUGCCAUUUGAAAUCCGUUUGCCAGAAUUCACAAAGAACAACAGACCUCAUGCCAGUUAUGAACCUGAACUUCAUCCUGCUGUGUGCUACCGGAUAAAAUCUCUACGAGCUACAUUACAGAUUUUUUCAACAGGAAGUAUUACAGUAACAGGGCCCAACGUCAAGGCUGUUGCUACUGCUGUGGAACAGAUUUACCCGUUUGUGUUUGAAAGCAGGAAAGAAAUUUUAUAAUUCUUCACUUAACUGGUUAGAAUCCCUAACUGAGCACCUUUUAAAACCUGCUGCACAUUGGACUCAAAAGGAAAACUGGACCAACAGCAACUGAGGAAAUAGACUCUUUUAUUCCUUCACGGCUACAGUGUAAGCUCCAGUCCCUUUGGAUUUUAUUUCAAACUUUGCUGUAAUAGGAAAAGGAAGUUUACAAGACAUGACAUUGCUGCUUUUACAGAAGGACAUUCUAUUUAUUUUCGCAGUAAUUCUCAUGUCCCCACAGGCAGAGCUGUCACGGUGCGCACUGCCUUGAAUUGUUUUGUUGUUAUUUUUUUCCAGUUUGAGCUAAUGUGUUUUAUUUGUGACUAGUCUUUUACAUUUUUGUAUGCUGAAUAUGGGCACCAAAGAACCUGUAAAAGUUAUCUUUUUCAAUUGAAUGUGCACAAAUAAAAGUUUGGAAAAGGUCUCUCUUCAUAUCCAUUCUAUAACUUUUAUUCCCCAUUUUCUAUUUUAAUAAAAAUUGUAUUCCUAAUUCUUUUUUUUAUCUAUGCAAGCUCAGACUUUUGCUAAAGUGUAUUCGCUUCUUUUUGAAGUGUAUUUUGCAAAUAUAUAUGCCACGUGUACAUAGGACCUUUUAAUGCUCUGUUACCAAAUAUCAAAUAGGGUUUUUUUCUUGCAGGUUAGAAAUAAAAACAUGUAUAUAAAUUUUAGGGAACCAGAGUAGAACUUUACAGAUUAAGCAUAGCAUUUUAUGUUGCUAAUUUAAUAUGAUAGAAAAUGUUAAAUAUCUUUUAAAAGUUACAAAACUCUAGUUUUAAAAAAAGAAACCUCUUACCUACAAGGUAAAUAUGAGAAAGAAUCUGUGAUGGGGUGGACCUCAUAUGUACCUUGGCAUUCUGGGAAGACUCAGCCCUAGUUGUAGGAAAUAAUCUUAGGUUGGUACUUAAGGCUCUACGAAGUCUUGUCAAAAGUUGAUAUGUUGUGCUAUUGCAACAAGGAAUGUUCACAAGACCCCUCUGUGCCACAGUGUCAUUAUAAUCUAGUUCGACUUGACCUUGAAAGCCAUUUUGCAAGAUAUCUUUCCCCUUGCUGUGUUUUAUUUAAUGGAUCUAAAGAAUGACUGUGCAUGAUACAGGUUCUCUUAAAGUUACAGUGAACAGCGUUUGUGAAACAGUGGCUGCCAGCCUCACCCAGGAGCCCCGGAGCAGCGAUUCGGAAUUGAGCUGCUGGUGUGCUCUGCUGUGUGUGUUUAUGCGUCUAUACUAAACAUACAACCAGCAGCGAUUUCACCUGGGAACUGAAACUGAGUCCAGAAUUAACUGAGCUUCUUAGUAGAGACAAUAUUCCAACACAGUCUUCCACUAAAACCCGAAUUUCCAAAAUGUUUGAAACCUUUGUGACAAAUUGCUGUAUCUUAACCUCCAUAGUCUAGUACAUUUCCCUUACCAGUUGUAAAAUCUUGAAAACUUGGCUUAAGCACUGUACUGAACAACACAUACCGUUUUAGCUUUAUCUUCUCCACGCCUUCCCCUGCCCUGCUUCUCACUCUCAUAAGCUUGGUUGGGGUGGGGUGGGGCAGGGAGGCAGGGCAAAGGCUAAUUUUUAUAUUUCUUGUGAACAACUUAAUUGUGAUUUUCAGACUUCUGUUAUGUUUUUUUACAUUUGUGUUUAUUUGCUUCAUUUAAAGUUCCAGUAGGAUGAUGGGUAACCUCAUAAGAGAGAGAAUAAAAUUCAGUGAAAAAGUUACAAGUUCUGGAAAGACUUUUAAAAAUUUGAGAUUUUCCACUUAGUUUUAAUUAACAGUAAUUCAUAAGGGACCUCCUCUUUUUGUGUGUUCCCAAACAAGAAAUAUGAACAAGGGGGAAAACAUGAUUAUAUGGCCCAGCGACACAACCAGAGGUCAUAACAUUUUCAGUAUUCGAGUGACUUGAAAAGUAGGUAGAUAAGUGAGCAGCUCAUCGGAACGCUGUCUUGGGAAAGACAAUGGCAUUCUUCUGACGGGGUCUGGUUUCAGGGCUGCUGUCGGGGCGUCACUGGGCGGGGGGACAUCCUGCAGAACCCACAAAGCCUUGCAACGCUGGUGAGAAAUGAGCAUGACCGAUGUCUUCCGCUGGCUUUUCACAAGUGCUGUAAAUUCU